UCGGCCUACGAGGCUGUCCUGCCUGGGGAUGUGGGCAGGGCUAGGGGUUUGCCCACCCUUGGGUACCGCCUUUCGGCCAACUCGGCCGAGGCCGAUCUGGACUGGGUCCUCGGGGCCGACCUCCCUGCCCAUGGCAUGAGGGGCAAGCGCCCCAAGCUGAUCUGGAAGUCGGCCUUGAAACCAGCUGGCAAGGUUAAGGACCCACGCCUUAGGUCCAUCACGUGGCUUGCUGCGCAGUUGAGGGCGCGCAGGAGCUACAUGUUAUGUGAUGGUGCGGUUCUUUCUUCUGCUGGUCGAAACGUCGCGCUCGACGUUGUUCGCGUUCCAGGCGAAGUCGCUGUGCAGGCCGACUCGGACUGGCACCGGGUGUUCCAGGCUAGUGCCGGACGGCCGAGCGACGAUGGGUUUCAUUGCGAUCUUGGUGGCAGUUCGAUUCCUGCGGCGCUGGCCGACAUUCGCUCGGAUCUGGGCGCCUUGCUCGACGUGGUCGAUCAAGCCUGUUUGAAUGCUAAGGCGGCGGCCUCUGCCAAGGCCAAGGCGGCUUGGCAGGACUGGGUUCGUGAAGGUUUGGACAAAGGUGAUCGCAAUGCCCAGCGUGCGAUCAAAGACCCUGAGCCCUGGACCCCCAGCACUACUCUCACGGCUGGCGGCAUUGUUGCGGCCGGCCCCAUGUCUCUCUUGAGGGCCGAGGCCGACAAGUUCGCGUCCAUUUGGGGGGCUGGGGAGGGGCUCGGCGUUGAUGAUUCCCCCCGCAAGCCCCUGCCUGUCUUGGAUCCGUCUGAGCUGCGAACUCUUUCGAAAGAGUACCGCCUCUCCAGUGCUGUGAGUGUGGAUGGCUUCCACGGCCGCCACUUCGCGCUGCUCUGCGACGAGGCACUUCACUGCCUCGCCCAUUGGUUCUGUGUCAUGGAGGCCACGGGCAUCCUGCCGCUCCAUAUCUCUUGGGUUCUCAUGGCUCGGCCUCUUGCUGGGCCUGAGGUGGGCAUUGGAAGAGUGGCGAACCUCGGGGUUGAUAUCGCUGCUGGCCGUUCUAUUCGCGCGCCUGGCCGCGGCCGCGCGGCCAAGCUCAAAGCUCGUUCGGCGACCGUGCUGCGCAAGACCAGGGGGCUCAAAAGCUCGGGGGCCGUUCUCGGCAGACGCAGCCUGGAAGCGUUUGCCUCGGGGCACCUGGCGGGGGGAACCUACGGUUCCGAUGUGUUAGGGGUGUCUGACAGGGGGCUCCUGGACUUGCGGCGCGCCGCGGUGUCGCGCGUCAAGCCGCGCUCUCAGGGGCGCUCGCUGGCCGUUCUCAGCUUGCGCGCG